CAUACUUAAGGGGCUAAGUUCAAAGUUCCGCGCUGGCCUAGGGAUCGAAGUGGGUUUUAUGCUACCUGCUGCGGGUUACGUUCUCAAAAUUAUCUUGAUCGAAAGCUGUCGAUUUCGGCAAUUGUUUUUUUUUCUCGUAAUAAAUUAUUUGAACCACGACAUUGGUGAAGCUGGAAGGUCUGUAAUUUGAUGGAAGUUGUCUUGAUCCUGUUUUAUGUAUCGGGGUGACAAUUGCUUCCUUCCAGUCCGUGGGUAACUCAGCUUGGUCAGGUGACAAUAUUGUAUAUUAUAGUCAAUGGAGGUGCAAUAUAUUAUGCAAUUAGUCUCAGGACUUUGAUAUAUAGUUCAUCCGGUCCUGUUGAUUUUUCCGUGUCUAAAGUGCUGAGCGCUUUAAGUACUUCGUCUUGAUCAAAGUCCACGGUGAGCAGGCAGUUUGUUGACUUUGUAUUUGGGUCUAUUUAUUCGCCUAGAAGAGGCUCUGAGUGACAACUGCCCCGAAAUAGUUUACCAUAGCCUCUGCUUUUUCCUGAUCAUCCUCUAUGAUAUUAGACCCGCUUCCUUAAUUGGGUUGGGAAUCCAAUGCUGCAUCCUUGUUCUGUGAUUUGUGCAUGAAAAUAGUCUCUUAGACUGCUUGAUUACAGAUUGCGCCAACCUUGUAUUUCCACUGAGCAUCGUGGACUUUAGUUAUAAACUUAUUUUGUCCCAUAGUACUUACUGUGUCAAGGCUGAUGGCAACGUUCUGACAUUUCUUUCGUGUUAGUAAAUGUCGAAUAUCCUGGCCUAUCCAAGUAUUGUCGUGCUUCGUAUUUGGGACUGUCCAGGGUAUAUAUGGAUGAGUGACCCAAUUAUAUAAGUGACUGAAAUAAGUCUAUGCUUCUUUCUUUUGUUCUCUUUUACAGCCUUCCUCAUUCAGUUUCAGUUUGGAAAGGACAGUAGGCUAGAUGGCCUGUGUUAGUCCUGGUAGUGGUCUCAGUUGGUUCAACUUUCUUUUGAAAGUGUCGACAGAUGAAGCUUCAACCACGUGUUGAGAUUCUUGAAUGACUCUAGAAGAAUCUCGUAACUUACAUCAGUCACUGCCAUCAGCAAGUUUUAGUGGUAGUUACCUGACCAAUACCAAUCAGAUUAACAGUUCAUAUCAUCAUCAAAACAGUCAAAAUCCUACGAAUUAUCCUCCAUUAUUCCAUCCUGCAGCUGUAGCAGCUGUUGCUGCUGCAGCUGCAGCGGCUGGGUACACACAACAGUUCAAUCCAGGUGUUAUAAGUCGUCCACUCAACCUGACUGCUAAUCCCAAUGGUUCGAAUCCAUAUUUCUCUUCUGCAGACACAAGCAGAGCUUAUUAUGCCAGCUUCGCAUUACAACAGUCUGGAUUUUAUCCUGGAUCCCAUACUUUCAAUAAUUUGGGAGGCAUGAAUAUUCCUCAGGAUUUUUCAUUUCCGAAUCCCACUACCUCCAUUCCUUUAUCCAGCACUGGAGUAGAAUUCCCUUCAUGUUUAUCAACUAGUACAGCGGAGUCUGAAAAUGGUUCAAAGUUACAACGAGUUGCUGCCUCAACUAGGAAUUCCAAAACUUCCACUAGUAGUAUAAAAACACAUACAAAAUCGUCAGGCGUCCGUGGCAGGAAAUCGAUUUCGUCUGAUGAGAUGGCAAAUCGCAAACGCCAAGAAUUUAAUGAACUUGUUAAAGCCCGCACUGAGAAGCUUAUGUCCGAUGGUCCCAUCGCAAAUUCUUCAACAAAUUCUGGUCCUUUAUCAUCUUCAAGUUCAGCUGGUUCUAUAGGACCAGAAUCUGGAUCACCAAACUAUCGCAAAUUGAUUCAUGCUGUAUUAGAUGCUAAAAAGUCAGCUCUUCUUAGAUCUCCAUCUGUUAUCCAAUUCUUAGUUAGUCAACAGCGUUCACUAACUGAAUAUAAACGUCAAACAGAAUUAUUUUGUGUUACGAUGAACAGAUGAAAAAAAACUAGUCUUAUUUUUCUACUUAUUCAUGUUAAUGUUUUUUUACUAUUCGAUUAUAUAUAUAUUUGUAUUACAAGUUGUAAGUAGUUUAUGAGAAUCAAAUGAAAUGAGUUCAUGUAUAUCCUGUUCAAUUGUUUAUUCUUGCUCUAUAUGUACAUAAUCCUCUUAAAAAUAAAUUAGAUCUCUCUUCAUUAACUAUUCCAAGCUAAGUCGAUAUAUGUACUCAUACAGUAUGAUAUGUGAGGGAUAAAUGAUUUAAGAGAUAUGACUCAGAAUCAAUCAGUGAGUUACUUUCUCUAAAUCUCAAAUACAUUAUUUGUUUAAUCUUCUUUACCUAUUCAACCUAAUUUUGUGUGUGCAUAAGGUGUAUUUACAAGUUUUAUCUUCUACCUCAUUGUCAUUCAAUCUUUCACCUUUAACUGAUAUAUAUCUUUAUAUUGAUAGGAGUUACUAUUGUAAUGAACGAGAACACAAUUGAGGAUAAUCGAAUGUAUCUGAACACCAACUUACAGAACAACUUAGAACCAUAGUGUAAAUAUAUAAUUUAAAUAAUGUCAACUAAUGACUGUUCCUUUUGCAAAUAUCAGUCUAUCGUCUCAGACUUCAUUGUUCUUUCGUUUCCAUACCAAUCAUUGUUUGUUCUCGUUUUCUUUUCUUUAAUCUCAACUUUCUGCCUCCAGGUAUUUCACUUUCGAUUGUUGAUACAUACGACUUAUAUCUGUCGACAUCUGUAGUACACACUACAUUACUACUGAUACUGUUACUACUUUUAUGACUAUGGGAUGUGUUUUGAUAAUUUUAUCUCGCUGGGCUAAUGUGGUAUGACAACUUGGACUGACAUACUUGCGUCAAGUUCUUUGUUGCAUUUGACUACGACGAUGAGUCAUCGUUAUUAUUAUAACACUACUUCUUACUAUGUGUAGUCUGCCUUGUCAUUGGUUGUUUCACUUUCGCCUCAUUUAUAUCCUAACUAUGUAGCUUUCGCUUUAACCGC